CCAACUUCUACAGAAUAAUAAUAAUAAAUAAAAGCAUCCGACAAAGUUGAGCUUCGUGAUGACCAAACACCCAUAAUGGCAAAAACAAAUCCAAACACGUAUUUUGCCAAUCCAAACACGUAUAUAACAAUUAACUGGCUUGGCACCGAAACCCCACUUUAGUUUGGGUUAGAGGGAGAGAAACAAAAGAUGGGAUUGAGAGGAAUUCUGGGGUUUGAGUAUGGAAUAGUACAAGCACCAUUGGGACCUGAUAUUUCUGGUCCAGAGCUUGUUGCUGCUGUUGCCAAUGCCGGUGGCCUUGGUCUCCUCAGAGCUCCUGACUGGGAAUCACCUGAUUACUUAAAGGAGCUAAUAAGAAGGACAAGAAGCUUAACAGACAAACCAUUUGGUGUUGGUGUUGUUCUGGCGUUUCCCCAUGAGGAAAAUGUGAAAGCCAUAUUGGAGGAGAAGGUUGCAGUUUUGCAGGUUUACUGGGGUGACUGUUCUCAGGAUCUCGUUGUGGAAGCUCAUCGAGCGGGGGUUAAAGUUGUUCCUCAAGUUGGGAGUAUUGAGGAGGCAAAGAAAGCAAUAGAAGCGGGAGUAGAUGCAGUUAUUGUCCAAGGACGCGAAGCAGGCGGACACGUGAUUAGUAAGGAGGCUCUGUUUCCAUUGUUGCCAAGGGUAGUUGAUCUUGUUGGAGAUCAAGAUAUACCUGUUAUUGCUGCUGGAGGCAUUGUGGAUGCUCGCGGUUAUGUUGCUGCCUUAGCACUUGGAGCUAAAGGCGUGUGUCUAGGCACCAGGUUUCUUGCAACAGAGGAAAGUUAUGCUCAUCCUAUAUACAAGAAGAAGUUGAUUGAAUUUGAGAGGACAGAGUAUACCGACAUAUUUGGGCGAGCAAGGUGGCCAAAUGCACCGCAUCGUGUCCUUCAAACACCAUUCUUCAAUGAGUGGAAAUCUCUUUCUGCUCAUGAGAAUGAAACAAAUCAACCUGUCAUUGGUCAAUCAACAAUACAUGGCAAGGAAAAAGAAAUUCACCGCUUUGCAGGUACUGUUCCAAAUGUGACAACAACAGGUGACAUAGAAAGCAUGGCAAUGUAUGCUGGCGAAGGUGUAGGUCUGAUCAAGGAAAUUUUACCUGCCGGUGAAGUGGUAAAGAGACUAGUUGAAGGUGCUCUAGUUCUGAUCCAACAGAAGUUCAGUGAGAUAUAAGUUAUGAUCCAGUUACUUAAGUUCCCAAAUGAAGGAUAAUACACUGCUAAUAAAAGUUUGUCUUUUGCAACCCUAAUAAAUUUGAUACAUAACAUGUUAAUUAUAAAUCAUGAAUUUCUCUGGUGUUCCAUGUACUUUAGAAACACCGGUUUUCUUUGCUUAGCAGCCGUUGGAUCUGUAUUAUUUUUUCAAUUUGAUUUGACUUUUGACCAGAUUUAAUACAGAUCCGACGACUGAUAAGCAGAAAAUACCGGUCUUUCCCAAAAAGCAUGUUUUCCUCUCAACGUGUUUGUACAUGUUCUCAUGUUUCUCUGCAUCAGAGCAUUUGAAAGGAUGAGCAUAACUCAUUCUUCAAAAAAUUAUGUAUUAUGGAUCGAACUAUAAUACCUUGUAAUGUAAUUUAGUACAAUCUUUUGCACGUUUUAGACCACACAAGGGAGUACUCACUCCUUCACCGUCA